AAAGCUGUGCAAACUUUAUUGUUAGUGUAUCCUGCAACCUGUAUUUUUAUUCCUCCUUCUCCUGUCUCUUCUUCAAGUAGCUACAGCUCAAAGCUCCUCUCUGUGGUUACAAAUGCACAGCACUGCACACGAAGUUAUAAAACACACACUCUAUCACAUUUGUUUCCGGAUUGAUAAAAAUAAGAAGUGUCAACAAUCCAAUAAACACUUAAAUGUUGUAACACUAUCCAUAGCAGUAACAGGGCGACGCUAGAUUUUGCCAGACAGAGAUUGAUUACACCAUCAAAUAGUUCCUCUCUCGGUUUUAGACGUAACAUGCGUGCGCAGGGCUGCACUGCGCCUACACGGAUCCUGUAUCUACGCUAGAAAUGCAUAGUUUCUCUGUAAGGAAACAUGUUGUUGACUUUACCUCCAGUAUGUCCACGAGAAAAAGAAAAAGAGUAUAUUCUUUAAUCCCGUUUAUGUGCAUUGGUAUCCCAGGAUAAGCGGCGCAUUGAUCCACUGUACAAUUUUUGUGGGGGUAAAUAUAAUCACGUGUCAACGAGGCAGCCAAUAGCAGCCGAGGAAGCGUUGAGAAAUAAUUACCUGCCUUGAUUGUUCUAUGGCUAGAUAAAAAAGUACACAUACACUCCAUAUAAUAAUCGGAUGCAUGUAAAAGAGUCGGGGAAGCUUCGACAUGUCGACUUCGGGUCCCAUAACUAAUUAUUAUGUGGACUCCUUGAUCAGCCAUGAAAACGAGGAUGUCCUUGCUGCAACUCGCUUCUCCGCUCCCGGUUCGCACGCAGCCGGCCCACGUCCCCCGUCUCUAGUACCGGAGUGUGCCGACUAUCCUUCCUGCAGCUUCGCACCCAAGGCUCCCGUCUUCUCCACCUCCUGGGCCCCCGUCCACUCCCAGUCCUCAGUGGUUUACCAUCCAUAUAGUCACCAACCUCACUUAGGAACAGACUCGAGGUAUAUGCGCUCAUGGCUGGAGCCCAUAUCAGGCGCGGUGCCUUUCCAUGGCUACCCGGGGAACGGCAGGCACUUUGGGCUGAAGCCCGACGCUUUCCAGGAGCACAGAGCCGGAGAGUGCCUGGGCUCCAGCGGACGGACCUACACGGAUUAUCUGUACUGCUCAUCCACUGACGUGCGGGACAAGACGCAGCAGAAUGCCCCUUCCCCCGAGCCGGAGCUGCUGGCUUCAGGAAAACAUAAAGACGAGAAGCCGGAGCUAGAUCCGAAUAACCCAGUGGCAAAUUGGAUACAUGCCCGCUCCACAAGGAAGAAGCGAUGUCCUUACACAAAGUACCAGACUCUGGAACUGGAAAAGGAGUUUUUGUUCAAUAUGUACCUAACGAGAGACCGCCGGUUCGAGGUCGCGAGGGUUCUGAAUCUGACAGAGAGGCAGGUCAAAAUCUGGUUUCAGAACCGGCGAAUGAAGAUGAAGAAAAUGAACAAAGAGAAGAACGACAGCAAAGAACAAUAAUGUGGACUGCAGCAGUGUGAAAACAACACUAAUAACCACUAGAAACAUGGACAGCACAGAUGUACCAAAACACUCCCCUUCAUAUUUAUCACUUUGUUGGAUUUUGUAUUAAUCUUCUAACUCUGAGACUGUUUGAUGCUGAUAUUGUUAUUUUCCAGUCCGUUCAAGAUGUGUUCAAGAAAGAAAAACAAACUUCUAAGGAGAUAAUUACAUUCUGCUUCCACUUCGAAAUACCUUCUAUGUUUUUUUUAUCUUUCGUAAGAGAAAUGAUACAAGUUGCAGUUUGGACACGUUGAAACUGUCUGAAGAAAGAGAAUACUUGAAUUCUUUUGAAUUUCACAAACCCAUAAUUUAUGAUGUGAAUGUUUUCUUUUAUGUUUAAUUUCCUUUGUACGUUGUCGUGCAGGUGUAGUAUUUUGUACAGAAACAGACCAUCUGCGCCCGGACUCGCCAGUCUUGUAUUUUUGUGAUAGUUGUUGCUGUAUUUGUGUAUUUCUUCUUUUUUUUUUUGAUUGUAGCGAAUUUAACUAUAGACUGUAGAU